UUUCAAGCUUCAAAAUUUUUCCGAUAAAAAUGGCGAUGUCAUCAUUAUCACCUUCAACAUCAUCUAUUUACCAAAAACCAAGAAUUGUCACCAAUAAGCUUGUUACUUUUAACCCCACAAAAUUACCCACUUCAUUUCAAGGAAAUUUGUUGUCAUGGAGCUCUUCUGUGUGUCAUAUGAAACUGAAAGCAAAAAAUGGUGUUGAUGCUUUUGUUGUUAAAGGGGUGUCACAAAAGAGAACUGCUACCAUCAAGUGUGCCACCAUGGAAGAAAUUGAGGCUGAGAAAUCUCUGAUUGAAAAGAAUGCGAAAGAAAGGAUGGACAAGGCUAUUGACAGUGUGCUAGCAAAUUUCAACUCUAUAAGGACGGGACGCUCAAACCCAGCUAUGCUUGAUAAAGUUGAGGUGGAAUACUACGGUUCACCUGUCAAUUUGAAGACUAUAGCGCAAAUCAGCACUCCUGAUUCGAGCUCUCUCUUAGUGCAGCCUUAUGACAAAUCCAGCUUAAAGGCUAUUGAGAAGGCCAUAGUCAACUCAGAUCUUGGUAUGACUCCAAGUAACGAUGGUGAAGUGAUAAGAUUAUCCAUUCCGCAGCUCACAUCAGACAGGAGAAAGGAAUUGUCAAAGGUUGUUUCGAAGCAGGCUGAGGAAGGGAAAGUAGCAAUCAGAAACAUAAGAAGAGAUGCCAUUAAAUCGUAUGAUAAACUUGAGAAGGAGAAAAAGCUCUCGGAAGACAAUGUAAAGGACUUGUCGGCUGAUUUGCAGAAAGUGACGGAUGAGUACAUAAAGAAAAUCGACACCAUCUUCAAACAGAAGGAGAAGGAAUUGCUUACGGUAUGAAGACAAUAUGCAUCAGGUUAUAUGUCAUUAUACUACCUCAAUUAUAAAUCUCAAAUGACAAGUCUUUAACCUUUUUGAAGUGAAGUUUAUCGACCCAUAUUUCUUGUAAUCUGUACAUUUUUUGUAAACUCAUAGAACUCAUAGAACUCGCAAAUGCUUUCUCGUUUCUGUGAGAACUUUGUUUGGAUUCUUGGCUUAAUUUUGGGGGAUUUGUAAGUGAUCAAAAUCUGAUACAAAGAUGUGUUUUACCUUU